GUGACAGCUGGGUGCACUUGUCGUCGAGGCUGUCUAUCACCAGCCAUUUCCGCACACAGAGGACGCCCAAGGCACCAGCAGCCGGGGAACAGGAGCAGGGCAUCAUGACCAUGGCCUACCAGCAGAAGCUGGCUGAGAAACUGACCAUCCUCAAUGACAGGGGCGUAGGUGUGCUACUCCGCAUGAACUACAUCAAGAAGACAUGUUCGGAUUCUAAACUUCGACCCCAAUUCCUUAUGGAAAAGACUAUGGAAGCUUCGGUCAAGUACAUCAACAAGAAAUUUCCCAACAUUGACUUCAGAGGCAACAGUCAGCAGCAUCUGACCAGCAUCCAGAGACAGAAGUCGGAGGUGAUGAUGGCCAUGGCUAGUUACUACGAUUCCUUUUUAGAUGUUAUGGAGUUCAGGGAUCAUGUUUAUGAACUGCUGAACACCAUAGACGCCUGUCAGUGCUUCUUCAAUAUUGCGGUGAACUUUGACUUCACCAAGAACUACCUGGAGCUGAUAGUCACCUACACGUCCGUCAUCAUAAUGUUGUCCCGCAUCGAUGACAAGAAGGUCCUCGUGGGCAUGUACAACUGUGCCCACGAGAUGUCCAACGGCAGCAGUGACCCCGCCUAUCCUCGCCUGGCUCAGAUGUUGAUGGAGUAUGAACAGCCCAUGAAGAAACUCACUGAGGAGUUUGGCCCACACACCAAGGCCGUGACAGAGGCCCUCCUGUCGCUCCAGAUGUUGUACCCCAGGAGGAACCUCCCCGCAGAACAAUGGCGCAGUGCUCAGCUCCUUAGUCUCCUCAGCGCACCGGCGGCCAUGUUGGAUCCUACACCCUGUGACACUACGGCCUGUGAGUACCUGUCUGUAGAGGUCAUGGAGCGCUGGAUCCUCUUUGGCUUCCUGCUCUGUCACAGCAGCCUGAACAGCAACCAGUCAUCCCAGGAGCUGUGGAAGAUGGCUCUCCGCAGCGGCUUGUACCUCACCGUCGUCAGGGACGAGACAAUCAACAUCCACAAGGUCACCGAGGACUACUUCGACAGCCUGAAAGGGUACAGUAAGCGUGUUGCUGACAUCAAAGAAUGCAGGGAGCACGCAAUAGCCAACUGCGGAGUGAUGCACAGAGAGAGGAGAAGCUUUCUAAGACAUGCCCUGAAGGAACUGGUCAAAAUACUGGAGGAUGAACCUGGAUUGCUGGGACCCAAGGCGCUGUUUGUCUUCAUGGCUCUGUCGUUUUCCCGUGACGAGGUUCUAUGGCUUGUCAGACAUUCUGAGAAUAUCCCCAAGACCAAGACGCCUGAAGACUACGUAGACUCGCAGAUGGCUGAACUCCUGUUCUACAUGGAGAGGCUGCGUACACUGAUGACUAAGUACGACCGGGUGGUACAACGCUACCACAUCCUAUACCUGGCUAAGUUCGACACCCUGCUCCUCAACGAUACUAUACAGAAUAUGUAUGUCUGUCCAGAAGAAGAGUCAAUCCUGAUGACUUCUUUUGUCUCCACCCUGUCCGAACUUACUGUCAAUCAAGUGAAGAAUGGGGAGGAGUUUGAUCUGAGGGCCAUUAGACUGGACUGGUUAAGAUUACAGGCCUAUACCAGUGUGUCAAAAGCCCCUCUCAUGCUGAAAGACUACCCGGACCUGGCUAAGAUUAUGAACAUGACCCAGUUCCACACAAAGAUGGUGGACAAUAUUCAGGAGAUGCUUCACGAAACCUCAGAUCUGUCUAUACUUUGCUUCUACCCACGUGUGUUUGAGAAGAUGUUCAGCCUGAGCAGUGAGGAGGUUUCAAUGCAGCGGUACCUCAUGUCCUUCCCUCUGGCCUGCUCCCGCUUCAGUCAGUGUGCACACCCACUCUGUCCAGAAGAGACGGAGUCAGUUGAGAAGAGAUGUCUGCGUCUGUGUGUGACCUUCCUGGAGGAGAUCGCCAGACAGACCAGCUCAAUCAUCCUGGACAUCUGUGCCGAACAGUCCAACCUUAAUGAUCAGCUGUUGCCUAAACAUUGUGGCCAAACAAUCAGUGCUGCCCGGAAUAAAAAGCAGAAGAAGCAGACUCCAAAGAAAGAAGUGCAGAAAGCGAAGCCUGGAACAGAGAGCCAGAGGAAGGACAGGGCAAUCGUCACCAAUAUGGACAAGAUGCAUCUGACUCUGACCGAGCUGUGCUCCUGUUUCAGUCAGACCAGUGAGUUUAUAGUGUUCAACCACAUCGUCACGCCGACAGAGUUCCUCAUAUCACAGCUGGAGGUUCGCCUCACCAAGGUCAUUGUGAAAAUGGUUCAUUACAAUCAGACCACCCAGGAGAUCAGCCGUCCGUCGGACCUGCUGGCUGGGGUCCGGGCCUACACAGCCAGUCUACACACCCUGUCACGCUACCUCAGCCUGGACGUCACCCGGCUGGUGAAGAACGUCCUGCUGCAGCAGACACAGCCGCUCGACUCAUACGGUGGACAGACCAUCACCACGCUGUACACAAACUGGUACCUGGAGAGCCUUCUUCGUCAGGCCAGCAGUGCCCUGAUCAUCCACUGCCCCACAAUGCACUGCUUUGUGAACCAGACCAGCGAGAAUGAACAGAGCUUCAAAGCAGAGGAAUAUUCUGACAUCGUAGAGAUGCAGGCCCUGGCGGAACUGAUUGGUCCAUACGGUCUCAAAUUCCUCAGCGAGAACCUGAUGUGGCACAUCACUUCACAGGUCGGAGAACUCAAGAAACUGGUAAUAGAAAACAUGGAUGUGCUGGUUCAGAUGAGGGCUAACUUUGAUAAGCCAGAAGCUAUGGUCAACCUGCAGAAGAGACUGCCAGCUGGUGACAAUGUCCUGAAGAGGAUGACCAUCAUUGGAGUGAUCCUGUCCUUCAGGGCCAUGGCCCAGGACACACUGGAGGACAUAAUGAACCAGCAUUGUCCCUACCUGAUGGGCCCCAUUGAGAGCCUCAGGGACCUGGUCUCUCCUGAUACAGACAUCAAGGUGACCCUGUCGGUAUUUGAACUGGCGUCUGCAGCCGGUCUGAAGUGUGACAUUGACCCUGCUCUGGUGGCAGCCAUUGCUAACAUGCGUACAGACAACACGUCGAUCGAAGAGGAGUACAAGCUGACCUGUCUCCUGCUGGUCUACAUUGCAGUGUCAUUGCCCAUGUUGGCCCUGGACCCCAGCUCGUGCUACAGCAGAGAGUACGGCGGUCACAGCAACAACAUCCACUGUCUGGCUACAGCAGUCAACCAGCUGUCUGCAGCCAUGUUCACCGUCCAGAACAAGAACAUCGAGCAGCACCUCAAAGAGUUUCUCCUGGUGGCGUCCUCCACACUGCUCCAGCUGGGUCAGAAUGUUGAGAACAGGGUGGACAGCAAGAACAGAGACUCCAUUUACCUCCUUCUGCACAUGAUUGUGGAGGCGUCUCCGUUCCUGAGCCAGGACAUGUUGGAGAGCUGUUUUCCAUAUGUUCUGCUGAGGAACGCCUACAGGGAGGUCUACAAGGCCGUCAUCGUUACAUUGGGGUGAUACACACAGAGACAUUACAUCUGUCUAUGUAGAGGGUGACCCCGAAUUUCAAUCAAACCCUAAUCUCAACCCUAACCCUGAAACUAACCCUGACCUUAACCCAACAGAAUAUUUUCCCCAAUAUAGCUUUUUUUUUUUUUUACAAGAUACCAUACAGAUUUUGUUUGUAUUAGAAUUAUCUUUCCAUAUUAGUCAGGCGGUACUUACAUAGCAGUUCAACAGGUUAAAAGUUUAGGGUUAGCAGAUAAGCAAAUCUUUUUUUUAUGUCAAUUUACAUAAGCUGUAUUCGUCAUGAUAUAUUUCCUCUGCACCAGUGCUGCCUUGCUGUUUGGGUCUCAGCUGUGUACGUGUAAAAGCACUUUGGGAUAACUGAAAAAAUAACUAUAAGGGAUUAUAAAUAACAUUGAUGGAUUGAUGUUAUACGAUUCAUAGCUAACAAGAUCUGUAAACCUCCAGAACGUGUGUUUGGUUUUUUUAACGUUACGUGUUCGAACAAUAAAAAUGACUGACAUUA